CGUCUAUGAAGCUUGAUGGUUUUUCCCACAAUGGGGACGGGGCAGCUCAUUCAUCUGACAGGGAUAUCGGGCCGACUCAGGGUUGCCUCGAUUUUCUUGACCUCAAUCACCCUGCUUGUAUCUCGGAAUAUUGGGGAACUAGGAAAUAUUUAUAAAUCAAUGAUCGUAUAGUAAGCCGGUAUUGUGGAUUUCGCCUCUAAACCUGUAGUACUGUGAAAAACUAGCAUCCCCUAUUUUAGUGGUACAUUCUGGGUGGUAUUUAAGGGCGCUGCAGGGCCGCUGCUGGCUCAGAGCUACUCCGGGUCGCUGGGAGCGUCGUUGCUGAAACAGGAUGGAGUGAUGGGGUCGAUUUGAGCUUCCUCUUGGGUCAGGCCCAGUAGAUCCUGGCACUUAAGGGGCCAUCAUGUGCUAUAACCGUUACUAAAACGACAAAUGAGCAGCCAGACCUGGCCAUCAUGAUCUCAAUGAUUACAGAACAAUUGCAGAAACAAAGUCUGGAGGAUCUAAAAUGCAAGUCUUUCAGUAUAAGUCUGCCAUUGCCUGACCAUCAAGAUCCUGAAGGGUGCAGCAGCCCUUACCACUUUGUGUCAGAAGAUCGUUCUUGGGGACUUAUUAGUCAUUGUCCAAGAAUUGAACUUGAAGACGGAAUCCGACUUGGUUGCCAUCACCAUUCCAGUUUGAGCCUUCAUUUUCCUGUUUUAAGCAGGGAAAACUCACCGCACCGUAGAAGCCCUUCCCAUAUACCCGAGGCUGGCAAUUCAGCUGCUCCUCCAGCUCCACCUACCAAAAGACACUGUAGAUCUCUUUCUGUGCCAGAGGACUUAUCUCGCUGGAGGCCUGUUUGGCGGCCUAGUGGCUCUAAGGUUUGGACUCCUGUCAAGAGGAGAUGUAACAGUGGUGGUGUUGGAGCAGUUCUGGCAGUGCAGACUCAAAGCCCAUCCCAAGGGGUCUCCAGUCUCAGGUUUCAACAUGACCCCAGUGCCUCUAUACGCUGCAUCCAAGCCAACAGCCCCCCCUUCUUCAGCCUGGCAUUAUGCCGAGAGUCACCAGGCCCAUAUACCCUUUCACCAACCAGUGUAUUUUGGGAGAACUCAGAAGGGCCAAGCUGCUUCCCAUUGCAGCGUCGGUUUUCACUUUCACCUGUACUCAUCAAAGAGGCAGGACGGUUCCUUCCUUCAACCAGCAGCUCUCCACCGUCAACACCAGAGAUGGUAUGGCGGCAGCAGUGUCUGCCACGCAGCCAAUCACAACCUUGUGACUUGGAUACCAGAAAGUGCGGAAUUAAAAGGAGGCAUGAAGAGGAUACACGAUGGCACCGUCCUUCUUUGGAUUUCUACAAGAUGAACCAGAAUGCUGGUGCUAUGUGUUUUUUGGACAACUUAGAUGAAGGCAGCUCCUCUUCACUUACGGCUUGUCAUCGGGAGUCUCCUUGCACUUCUGGGAGUCCUGUUCCUACAUGCACACUGGCACUUAGAGACGAAGAGAGAGGCCGGAGAGAUCACGCUUCCUGUCCCCAGGCAAUGCUCUUCCAGCAUGACUUCGCAGACCUGGAUUUAAAUUUAAUCGAGGAGAAUUAGCACUCUCAGGAAACUUCAGUCUUUAAAUGGAUAUCUAAUACUAAAGGGGAUGUCUGGUGGAGAGUGUUUGGAUGCUUGCUGGUGGCCAACUGAGACAUGCUCAAAGAGCAUUCUACUGACCUUCAUGACAGAUAGGAAUUGUGUAGGGGAGGAGGGUAAAAAAAAAAAAAAAAAGCUGUGUAUUAUUUAUUUAUUUUUUCUUAAAGAAAAUACUGGGGCUGGGUCAUCUGUACCACCAAGUACAUUUCUCCUUUCCCUAGACUAAGAGCUGGAGCUGACAACCACCUCUUAAAAUGAGUUACAGAACUUUACACAAAGGGUGCUGUGGGAUUGAUUUAUUUUUGUAUUGAUGGCUUUUGGAAAGAUGCGCUGACCUUAUGGGAUGGUGGUUCACAUGCAAAUGUUUGCUUGUGAUUGUGUCUUCUCAUUUUAGAAAUUGUGACUGUUGAGGGAAAAAUGUAAACAAACAAACGAGGCAAUGUAUUUUUUUGUGCACAAGGCUGAUGCUUUAUAUUCAGAAAAGGCCCCAUGACAAAUUACCAUUUAGCAUUGAAGCUGAACCAGUGUUCUAUAGGAAACCCAGAUAUUCACCAAUUGAUUCUGAUUACAGAACAAAAAAACUUUCUGUUGUUGUAGGAUUGUGUGGCUUAUUGCUCCUCCCCCCCCAUUUGGUGGCCAGUGAAAAGGGGGAUUCAACCACCUCCUUAUUGUCUCCUUUGUCUGUGUAUUCACUAGAGUUCUGCAUAGAGUAGAUAAUUUUGACUGCACUGAACCUCACAGUAAAGUAUUCCACAUCUGUUAAA